AUGGGCGCGGAUGGAAAACGCAAGAUCGCUCCUUCUGGUGACCAUGUCAUCCUUCACGAUUCGUCCUUCUUUCGACGACAUCCUACUGCUCAGCUGCCUACACCCGCACAAGUGCUAGCAAGGUGCAAAGCGUUGGGCGAUCAUCCCAUCGCUCCGCGUCCAAGGCCCGUGCGAUUCCCAGCUUUGGGAUUGCUCGUAAAAUUCGGAACAGCGGCUAGCAUCGUCGAAGGCCAAUGCCUGUAUGCGCUGCAGGGUCGGACGGUACUACGGGUACCUGAGGUAUAUGGCUGGACAGUUGAGAACGGCAGGGCAUUCGUCUACGUGGAACUUAUUCGGGGGGUCACUUUGCAAGACCGAUGGGAAUGGCUAUCGGAGAAAAGCAAGACAGUAGUUUGCAUGCAGAUAAAGGAUAUGGUGGAUGACUUGCGCCAGAUCGAGGAAGAUCCGAUGAAUAGUUACGUGGGCGCCAUCGGUAACCAGCCACCAGAAGAGAUUCUUUUCCAUAGCUAUAUGACCCCGGCCCGUUCAUUUCAUUCCGUGGCUGAAUUUCAUGACUGGUUUGCGCUUCCAGCACCAAUGCCGCCUGGCAUCCAGGUUCACCCUGGUCGAUUCGACCUGCCCGAUGAUGCAAGCAUCGUUUUCACUCAUGGAGACCUACAUCCGUCAAAUAUUAUGAUAUCGGCGCGAUGGCCAUGGGAUAGAUGGGAAUGGUCGUGGGCAUGGAACAUCUGGCCGUGGGACUGGCCGGAUUGGAUAAGUUGGCUAUGGAAGGGCGAGUGGUCUUGGGAAGAUCCUCCGAGGGUACUGGCGAUCAUCGAUUGGCAGCAGUCUGGGUGGAUGCCAUCGUAUUGGGAGUAUUGCAAAGCUCGCUGGACAACGAAACGAGGGUCAGAUUGGCAGACUACAUACUUUCCCAUGUUCAUUGAACCAACUGAUGUUCUUGAGGCGUGGCUCGUGUUCGCCUAUAUUGUAGCCUUCUAACGACCAAGUACGCGAAAAGCGUUCUAUGCGCAACUGCUCACGUUCC